UCAUAAACGUUCUCUGUAGCUGGUCUUAAUUAAUCAACAAUUUUUUAAUAGCUUGAAUUGUUUAAUCAGAAGUAUUCAUUCCAAAUAUAUAUCAAUUAUAUUAUACAAAUUAUUAAAUAAUCAUGACUCUAUCGGAAAUUUCAAGCAAGUUCACUGAAAAAACGUUGGAUGAGAUCAUCCAGAAAGCCGGUGGCACUAAGCACACUUCCUAUAAAUUCGGCGAAGGUUUCAAGAAAGGCGACUCCUAUCUGAGUAGAGUGUAUCGACUUGCCGUCUACGGCGUAAAUGAAACUGAUGGCUCAACAGUCGAAGUGCAUCUGAUUUGUAAAGGCAUGCCGGAUAAUGUUGCGCGCCGGAAAGUCUUUCACUCAGCGGAUUUCUUCCGAAAUGAAAUAAAUUUCUACACCAAAGUGGUGCCUGCUUGGGAAGAUUUUCAGGCACGUCAUAAGCCUGCCAAUCCAUUCACAGAAUACCCAAAAUGUUUUGCUUCGCACUGUGAUGGUCAAAAUGAUUUCAUUGCAUUGGAAAACGUCAGUUUCCGUGGUUAUAAUGCGCCUAAUAGGCAAGAUUAUAUAUCGCUGGAAGAUGCCAUUUUGACAAUGCGCACAUUGGGACGUUUCCAUGGUAUUUCAUUAGCAUUCCGUGCCUUAGAACCCGAAAAUUUUGAAGCGGCGGCAAAGGGUUUGGAGGAAACUUACUAUAAUGAAGCCAAGCGUUCAUGGUAUAUCGGUUUCCUCGGUUUGGCCUGUAAUGUUGCUAAGGAUGCGGUGGAAAAAACUUAUUCCGGCACGGAAUACGAAACCAUAGCUAAGAAGUUUUUGCAACCUACACCGUUGUAUGAUGAUCUUAUCAAACUUGUUUCGACGGAUUCACCACUCGCGGCUAUUGGUCAUGGCGAUUGCUGGACACCAAACUUUUUGACCCGUUACUCCAAGGACAAGCAUCCAGAGGCUAUCAUUAUCAUAGAUUUCCAAUUAGCACGACGCGCUUCUAUCGCCGUGGAUAUAUCAUUCUUUAUCUACUCUUGCACAAGUGAGGCCCUACGAGAAUCUCACUACGAACAGCUGUUGAAGGAGUAUCACCAGAGCGCUUGUGCGUUGAUCGCCGAUUUAGGUGCUGAUCCGACGAAGGUCUUCAGUUGGGAAGCCUUCCAAGAAGAAUUGCGCCGUUUCGCGCGUUUCGGUUGCGGCAUGGGCAUUGAGUCAUUGCCAAUGUCAUUGAUCGAGGACGACGAAGUGGCCGAUUUGGAUGACAUGAAGGAGGAUGCAGUGCUCACCGAUGUCUGGGACAUUAAGCCAUUCAAAGAGCAAAACAAACGCGAACGUAUUGCACAGAUUUUCAAGCAUGCCAUUGACCAAGGCUACAUAACAAACUAAGCUAACAAAGUAUGUCCGCAUUUAUAUAUGUAUUAAUAAAUAGUAAAUAGCUAGCAAAAUAUA